AUGACAACAUUUCUGCUCCAGGUGCUGGCUCUUUUCCUCAUUGUGAACAUCGCCGCCCCGCAACGAUCCACUAGUGAAGAUUCUGACGAGUUUACUCCUCGCGUGCCUCCACGAACUACCACCAGCAGCGACAGCGAUGAGUUUACCUCUCGUCCUGUACGAACUACUACUCGUACAUCACCGCGGACUACUACCAGCAGUGAAAGUGACGAGUUUACUUCCCGAGAUCCACGUACCACCACGGCAGGUGUGUUUUGCAAGCAGUAUUUUCUACGAUUUAUUGACUUCUCUUUUCAGCAAACCGGUGCAAUAACUUCAGCUGCAGAUCAAAUGAGAAGUGCGUUCAGUUAG